AUGGGCUGCUGGGACUGCUACUGCAUGGUUUGUUGUGGGCCUAUGACAUGUGUCCGUAUCCGCGGCCAUGAGAACUACGUAAAGGACCCCAACGCUGGCCCCCGGACCGUGAGAGAAGAAGACGGCCAGAUCGAAGGGAAUCAUGACCAACGAGAAAAGGAAGAGGAGGAGGCAGACGAUGGCCGUCUGUAUGACCCCAAAGUUCUCCAGCCGGCCGAUAUCGAUUGGACUGAAGACUGUCGUGUGCUUGGGAUUAACGCUCACUGCACUCGUUUGAGCAAGGCCUUCAUAUCCGGGCAGGGAUCCUAUGAUGGCUAUGGAGGCAUGAAUUGCGACCAGGGUGAUGAUCCCAAUUGUGAAGACGUCGAAGUCGAGGCUAUGUUCUGCUAUUCCAGCUACAACGACAGUGAAGAGCCCGUGUUCCCUUUCCACAUGGACUGUUUCAAGAUCCUCUCUCGAUACCUAACAGGCUCAGACGACAUUAGUCUCAUCAACAAGGACGUGAUGUACGGCGUCUUGCGCUCUCUAGCCGGUUCGGCUUGCUUGGACCUCGAUUACGUCUUUCCUGGCACUAAUUUCGGACCUUCACCUGAGCAAUUCUGGGACUGCAUUCCUGGGGAAGAAUUAUUUGUUGUGUCCCCGUUACGCAUGGCACCACUCUCUAUAACAGAAAUUGAAAAGCUGCAGCGUGGCACGGGCAUUGCGUCCCUUGACCAAGCCCUGGGCAAUAAAGUGAAAUCGGACCCAUUCUCUAAACUCCCACGCGAAAUAACAGACCAGAUUCUCUCAACUCUUGAUGACACCUCCCUCGUGGAACUCUUUAAGGCAUCGUGGGUGCUUCACUCUGCGCAUCACAACAACCAUGACUUCUGGAGGAGGAGACUCAAGGACGAAAUGGAAUGGUUUUUCGAGCUCCAUGAGGUUCUCCAAUUACCCGGGUUCCUAGAUGGAAUUUCUAGCACGAAAGCUGUCUACCUGUGGGCAAACUUGAAGAGCGAACCACGAUUCGGGUGCAAAGGUAAAUACAUGGGGGUAGCGAACCGCCGUCGGAUAUGGUUCGCCUGUGGGCAGAUCGCCGAUUCUUAUCGAGUGAAGAUUGCCAUUUCAGCGGGCGACGUUGAUGAAUCUAUCAAAGACAAUGCAUCAUCUCCUUAUACUUCUAUAGUGUCGUGGCCCACCGACUCUUCUGACCAAGUCUUCGCCAACUCCUUUUGGAUAUCCUCAUGGGACGACCUCUAUUCCCCCAAGACUUUGGACACGUUCUGGGACAGUGAAGGCUACCUAGCCGGUAUUGAAGUCACCAUCAAUGGCCAGGGAAGGCUUUUCGGGUUCGACAACAAACAGCAUGAUGUGCAGCGGCGGACACUUGAGUUGCAGAAACACGAAUGGAUCGCUGGCAUCCUCCUCCAUAUUCCACCGAUAGACCCCUUGGCCCCAAGCGCAUCACACACAUAUCCGAAGAGACCGGGCACCUUCACAGCGCCAAAGGGCAUUUCGAUUCGGACAUCGACCGGGACCACCCUUUCGGUGGGCGAAACUACUGUCGGCCACUGCCAACGACCGCUCCUGGCUCCUCCGGGCCAGACCGUGGUGGGAAUGGCGGGUAACUUUGGUAUCUUCCAAGGGAAACAAGCGAAACCACGAAUCAUUCGGGCGGGACUUCUUCUCUGCCCCAGGACACUGGCUACGAAGUCACUGCUGUCGGAACCUCAAAUUCCGGAUCGGCCACUAGCAGAGACGUUUCUCUGGACACAAAGCGCCUUUAACGUCCUUGGGCGCCCCCUGUGGGAGAAUGACCAGCUCCGUUUGCGAGUUUUCGAAGGGGGCUUAUCAAUGCAGCCAAGCGGCUACUUUCAUGACGACAUUGUUCCACAUGAAGCAUUCCUCUGGGCUCAUGACCGUUCUCAACUACAAGCUUUGAAGAGGCUUACCGUGUACAGCGUGCAGACUGGAAUGAGGCGGACAGGUGUUACGUCCAAGAAGACAGAGACCACAAAGGCUGUAGGCAAUAUGCGCGCAGACUUUGACGAUGCCAGUGGCCUUGAUCCAGUGUAUGCUAGAUCCUCAGAGGUGAAUGGGACGCCGAUCCUAGACGACAUGAUUGAAACUUUUGAAAUUGAUGGACCGGGUGGAGAGCGUAUCAUUAAGCUCUCUGAUAAGAAGCAAGUACUAAUUCUGGAGGAAAAGCUACGUACGAAUCGAGGGCGAGAGUUCCUAUGGAAGUCUCAGAGCGACGUCGGCGAUGGCUGGCGAUUUCUCACCGUUGCCGAAGGUCACGAGGCAAUUGCCGGGCUGAUCCUUGCCUGGAGUGACCCAUUCGGGGGGAAAGCUAUUGAUUUGAGGACGCACACCCGGUUGGAUUAUUUAGGAAUAGUAACCACCGAUUGCGAGGAGUAA